AUGUUACGUGAAACAGAAGAUUUAUGUGUCAACGUGCUGAGCUGAGCUAAAGCAGAGCUGUCAGAGGCAGUAAAGACUGAUCCAGCUGCGGCAUACAGGCGCAGUGGAUGGCUCAGAUGCCCGGUCUUCGUCGGAACUUGACUUCAGCAGGACAGUGGUUGUUUCCUAUUAGUAUUUCGCCGUUUUUUUAUUCGUUAAGUUCGCAUUGAGAAAAUCAUAAGGGAUUGUAACAUCAUCAUAACGUUUGUUCACGGGUUUUCGCCAUGAUUUAAAUGAGGCGACACACCUUUUUAAAGAGGGUGGUGUGAAAUAUCUGCGUUCUGAAUCUGUGCAUCUGUUUACUUUUAUUACAUUUUACGUUUAGCCUCAUAAUGGACACGGAAGUCAUUCAUUUGAGCUUCUGGGAUGCUUCACCGGGCGAGGUUACGAUUUAGUUUGCAAAGCUGUGUGUGUGAAUGAGCUGGUAGCGGCAUACAUCCUGCCAACUGUAACCUUCAAGCUAACGUCAAUGACAGCUAGCAUUUAGCUGGUGGGAGUUGGUGAUAGCGGGAUUUCUGAGAGUUUCCAUCGUUCCGUCAGCUGCGCGUUUACAGAGGGAUGCAUGAACGCGAUGCAUUAAAUAACGAAAGGGACAAAUUGCAUGUCGAGAUCCGGUGGGGCGCUGCUGAUUCUGAACAGCUUGUGUCAAGACAUCGCCAUAGUGCCACGCACAGAGAGGGAUUUCAUUCAUCCGAGCCUACUCGCUAAACAUGGCCUCUGCAGCCAGCAACCUUGCUGCAUCCAUCGCCAGCAAAACGAAAACCAAGAAGAAACAUUUCGUGUCUCAGAAGGUGAAGCUGUUUCGGGCCAGCGACCCGCUGCUCAGCGUCUUGAUGUGGGGAGUGAACCACUCGAUAAAUGAACUCAGUCACAUCCAAAUUCCUGUUAUGCUGAUGCCUGAUGACUUCAAAGCCAACUCGAAGAUCAAGGUGGACAACCACCUCUUCAACAAAGAGAACAUGCCAAGCCAUUUCAAGUUUAAGGAGUACUGUCCCCUAGUCUUCCGCAAUCUGAGGGAGCGGUUCUCCAUUGAUGAUCAGGAAUAUCAGAACUCCCUGACACGCAGGGCCCCAAUUCCCAGUGAUGCUCAGGGCCGCAGUGGAGCUCGUUUCCACACUUCAUACAACAAGAGGUACGUCAUCAAGAUCAUCACCAGCGAGGACGUGGCCGAGAUGCACAAUAUUCUGAAGAAGUACCACCAGUAUAUAGUCGAGUGCCAUGGAAACACGCUGCUCCCUCAGUUUCUGGGCAUGUAUCGCCUCACAGUGGAUGGAGAUGAGACCUACAUGAUCGUCACUCGCAAUGUUUUCAGCCACCGGCUGCCUGUUUACAAAAAAUAUGACCUGAAGGGAUCCACAGUGGCAAGAGAGGCUAGCGACAAAGAAAAGCCUCGCCCACCUGAGGAUGCUCCAUCCAAAUCACGCAUGAGCCAAAAGCUACAAACCAUCCGGAUUGCCACACGCUUUUACUGCGCCAUAAGACACACCAAGGAGCUUCCAACUUACAAAGACAAUGACUUCAUCAAUGAUGGCCAGAAAAUCUACAUAGAUGGGGAAAACAAGAAAAUGUUCCUGGAGAAACUGAAGAAUGACGUAGAGUUCCUGGCCCAGCUGAAGCUGAUGGACUACAGUCUGCUGGUGGGGAUCCAUGAUGUGGAGAGAGGGGAGCAGGAACAGCCCGAAGAGGAGAGUGAAGACAAUGACGCUGGCGAGGAGGAGGGGACAGAGAGCGACGGAGGGGCCACUGGCUCCCCACCAGACAGCCCAAGUAACACACUAGACAGCAAUAGACCUCUGGGCCCGGGAGAGUUUGACCCCGUCAUUGACGUAUAUGCCAUCAAGAGCCAUGAAAAUGCUCCUAAAAAAGAAGUCUACUUCAUGGCGGUGAUUGACAUUCUCACUCCAUAUGAUGCCAAGAAGAAAGCAGCCCAUGCAGCUAAGACAGUCAAACAUGGGGCAGGGGCAGAGAUCUCAACGGUCAACCCCGAGCAAUAUUCAAAGCGCUUUUAUGAUUUCAUCACCACCAUUCUGUCCUAACCAGUACCUGAGGAUGGAAUGAGGCGGAAUCACAGGCGGUCACAUAUGAGCUCAUAUCCUAAGAGAGGUUCCGCCGUGGUAACGGAUCCAUCGUCUCUCUAUACCACUUGUCAAAGGAUCACUUCUGAGAUCUAUCAAGAUCUUUUUUUUUUGUUUACAGUUUCUUUUUCUUCUCCGUUUGAUUUCUUGGUAGGUUUAUGGCUCCAUGUGGUUGAUAAGGCAUACAUGUGAUAUAGUCAUGCAUAUAUAGCGUUCUGUAUCUUUGUGUUAGAUAUUGUUGAUUGAGAAACCGAGUGAUGUUGUUUGUGCCCAGCUACGUGGUAUGAUUAUCAUACUGGAAUUCUCAAAGCUGCUUAUAUAUUUAUUGUCCAUAUGUUUUCUGUAGAGAAAAUUCAUUGUUCUUAACAAAAAAAAAGUCCAGUUUUUAAUAAUAUAUUUUAAUUCAUAAAUUAAAUUUAGCCCUGAACAAAUAUGACCAGAGUCAGAAUGAAAAUAAAUUAGAGCAUAAUUGUUUGAAAGUGUUUAUUGCACUAUUAACUGCAGGCAGUACCUUUAAAUCAAAUCAGUUUUUUCUGUCUGUUCACAAAGCAUACGUAACAGUAAAAAAAUGAUGCAACUUCAGGUUCAACUGCUAAAUUCAUAGUUAAUCUCCAAUCUGCGAAUUGGAUUUAGAUGAUCUGCCUGUUGUGCAUUGUAAAGUCUUGCACAGGAGCUCAAUAUUUGCAGUUGACUCCGAUAGUAAUGUUUAGAAUAAAUUAUAAAGCAACAGUUUUUGCACAUGAUCUAAUGCACCAAAAUGUUUAUGCAAACGAUUCCAGUUUUACCACUGACUCGCGGAGGGUCAUGCAAUAGUAGUGAUUCGUAGAAUGUGUUAAGCACCUAAUGGGUUACAUGUGCGUCGCCACUUUUGUAUCCCUAGUGAAAGAACAAGGCAUUGCCUGUUUUUUGUUGAUUAGAGAACAUGUUAUGAAAAUGAAGCAUAUUUUGUACCUCCUUUUUUUUUUUUUUUUUACAGUAACAAUUAGCAAGUUUACAGUGGGCCGUUCUCUUGAGAAUGCAGUUGUGCUGGCGCUAUAUUGAUCCUCGAAUCUGCGUAUAGUGUUUCAGCUGCACUGUAAAGAGGAGAGAAUGCUGCCUGACUCUAGGUCUUACUGUUGAUAUCUCUCUCUCUCUCUCUGUCAUCAUCGUCUGAAAUUUGUGUGAACCCAGAGACCUUUAGUAUUAUAAAAUAUAUAGAUAUUGUGAUAUGUCUUCUUCUGGAAUAUUGUUUGCAAAGUAAUCCUAAAUAUUCUACUUUAUGUGUUGACAUAUAUACACUGUGCGAGGGUGUGCCUUUUUUACUCUGAAUUAUUUAAUUUUGUAUUUGAAUCAUUUUUUAAAAAGAGAUGUUUGAAAAAUGUUAUUUUCUAAAAAGGGAAAGGUGAAUAGGACGAAUCCUAAGGUGGUUUUGCUGUUCAUGUGUAGAUGUGUAAAUAUGCAAGUGUAUUACGUGUUUGCAAUAUUAUGACUGAAUGUUGCAGUCCUAAUGGUACAAAAACUUUAAGAUUUCACUGAAAUGAUUAAACUGGUCAUUUAGCUUAUUUUACCAAUACAUUGUUGAUAUAACUGAAGUUAUUUUUUUUUUUUGUUAAAACACUUUUGAGGCUUGAUGUGUUGCUGUAUUUUCAUUUCUCUGUUUUUUCAGUUACUAGUUAGAUAAGCAAUGUCAGUUCUUGUUUUAGGACAGUUUUCAGUGGAAGUCUGUUUGGGUAAUUCAGCACAAGAUUGGGCUUUAUGAACACACUCCUGAUUUAUUCUCUGAGUCCUUGAUGAAUUUGAUGUCUGUACAACACAUUUGAAUCUCAAAGAAGCCACUUUGGAGCCACUUCUAUGAGCUUUUGUGGGGAAAAGACUUCACUUUGUCUCAAAUUGUAUAGAGUUUUGAUCUCAUGUGUUGUAAUUUGUAAAGACAUGCUUCCAUGUUAAUGGUACAGUGUGAGUUUGAUACUUUAACGUUUGAGGAAGAGAAAAAAGAGAAGGAAAUGUGAGCCCUUUUAAAUACGCUGUCGAAGGAAGAUAUUAUCAGUUGUCAGUCUACUUGUCAUAACUGUUGUUAUCUACGUCAUGAAAGUGUGCAGCUCUUGUGUGUAUGUGUUGUAGGCCUAAAAUAUUUAAAAGCAUCCUGUCCCAUAAGCAUUGCUCAAUAAAACAAUGCAUUGCUCAGCUUGA